GGACACAGAUUGGUCUACAAGUUCCUCAACUACCAUUACUCUGCAUUUAGCCUCCCUCUACCGCUGAAACGCUCCUCUCUCGUAUCUCUCAUUGCUUGCCUCUCAGGAACCAGAGCAGCCUCUGAACCAUGGAGAACGUGGCGAUAUUUGACUCACCUGGAAAGGGGAGAGGUCUGAAGGCGACCAAGGAGUUUUGGGCCGGAGAUGUCAUCUUUUCUGAGCCCAGUAUCUCAUCGGUUGUGUUCGACAGCCUAGCAGAGCGUAUCUGUCACAGCUGUUUCCGCAGAGGAGAGAAGCUUCAGAGGUGCGGACAGUGCAAGUUUGCUCAUUAUUGCGAUCGAACCUGCCAGCGUGCCGGCUGGGCUGAACACAAGAUUGAAUGUUCUUCCAUCAAAACUUACGGCAAAGUACCCAACGAGAACAUCCGAUUGGUGGCUCGCAUCAUGUGGCGUUUGGACAAAGACGGGAGCACGGUGUCUGACAUGCAGCUGACCACCCUUGACGAGCUGGAGGACCACAUCGCUGACAUGCAGGAGGAUGAACUAAAGGAACUGAAAGUGGACAUACACAACUUCCUGGACUACUGGCCCCGUACCAGCAAGCAGCACACAAUCGAUGAUAUCUCACAUAUUUUUGGAGUGGUUAACUGUAACGGUUUCACUGUGAGUGACCAGAGAGGCCUACAGGCGGUCGGUGUAGGCCUUUUCCCAAAUUUAUGUCUGGUGAAUCACGACUGCUGGCCAAACUGCACUGUGAUCCUCAACCAUGGCAAUCAGUCGGCUGUGAAUACUAUGUUUCAUUCUCAACCGAGGAUCGAGCUGCGUUCUCUCGGUAAAAUCUCAGAGGGAGAGGAGCUGACAGUUGCAUAUGUGGACUAUUUGAAUUUGUCAGAGGAGAGACAGAGACUGCUGAAAACACAGUACUUCUUUGAUUGCACGUGUGAGCACUGCAAGAACCGAACCAAAGACGACCUGAAGAUGGGAGGAAGGGAAGUGGACGGAGUCAAGCCCACACAGGAGCAGGUGAAAGAGGCGACAGAUUACUGCUUUGAUAUACUGGACAAGAUGGACAAGGCUCGGUUAAAUGGUGACUAUCAUGAGGUGGUGAAAUACUGCAAGGAGUGUGUGAAAAAGACAGAGCCCAUUUUGGCAGACACUCACAUCUACCUGCUGAGGAUCUGGAGCACACUGAGUGAGGUUCAAGCUUACCUGCAGUACUUUGAGGAUGCCGCAGACUACGCCCGCAAAAUGGUGGAGGGUUACAUGAAACUGUACCACCCAAACAACGCUGCUCUGGGUAUGGCUGCAAUGCGUGCAGGAGUGACUCACUGGCAGGCUGGGGAGAUCGAGGUCGGCCACGGGAUGAUCUGUAAGGCCUACGCCAUUCUCAUGAUCACUCACGGGCCUACACAUCCAAUCACCAAGGACCUGGAGGCAAUGCGUAUGCAGACAGAGAUGGAGCUGAGGAUGUUCAAACAGAAUGAGUACGUUUACCACAGUAUGAGAGAGGCGGCUCUGAAGAACAAACCGAUGACCAUGUUGCACGAACCAAAGUCCGUGGAGGAGGGAAUCAAGAAUAUGUUCCACCGGAAGAAGUAAACAGGACUCCAUUCAAUAAACCACAGAAAACCCUCCAAUUGUUUACUGCUAACAGAUUUCUGAGUAUUGUCUAGGUCGGCACAUUUAGUCACAAUCAUUUUCUGUCUCAGUCACUUUUGUAGCUUUACUUUUCAUUAAAAACAUUUCACAUUCAA